UCAGUUGAUAUGUUGGCGCACAGCCAGCAUACUCAACUCGCACACUGUGGACUCGGGUUCGAUUCCCAGCCCCGCAAUUAUGAUCAGACCGCUCAUAAUUAAAAUUCUUGAGAAGGCUUGUUGUCCGACUCUUCAUGGGAAGGAGGGAAGCCGGAAUAUUGGGGACCACCCCACCAACUCUUUGUCCUUCCAAAUGGGCAGUGGUAUGUGAUGUCGAUGAUUCUGUGAUGUAUAAAAAAAUACCAAAAUAUUUUACUCAUGGGUAUUACAAAUUAAACCCCACAUGGAAAUUACAAUUAAUCAACAGAAGUACCACCAAAAAGUACAGAAAGUCAUUUUUUUUUGGGUGAAAUCACGUCGGUAAUGUGGAGUGCCUGGCGUCACUCAAACCCCCAGAACUCGCCGGUACAGUAGAACCGCCUGUCCGACAAUCGGUAAGGGAGAACUCCCACUGGGAAUCCCCCUCUCGACUGGUGCUGCCCCCAACGUGUCGUCCAUCUUGCACGUUUUCCCUCGUCACGAUACAUACCAGUCAAAUGCGCGAAAAAUUUCAUUCCAGACCAAUGUCCGUUGGAUCCGUUCGCCGUCAGUUGCCCGUGUGAGCCACGACUGCAUUGAGAUAUCGUUAUCCCAUAAUAAUUACCAAUAAAAGUUUUAAAUAAACAUAAAACACUUAUCGGCUGACACAGCAUACUAGACAUCGAAUCGUGUGGAGAAAAUUCAUAAACUUAUCAAACCGACAACUUUUCAGAACGGCUUCACAACUUUUUAUUAAAAUUUCACCAAAAGUGACUUGAACCAAAUUUUCACCUAUGCAAUCUUCAAUAAUCAAUCACUACUUUGUAAAACAAAUCGAUUAAUCAACUAAUUACUCGCGAGAGAGUGAAAAAGGGAAAAAAGUGGAAGAGAUCGUCGAACAAUUCGCAAGAAAAAUAAGCAACGAGAGGAUUCGAAAAGACUCGUAGGGGAGGACCAAAGUGCUGGUGAUUGUGGACGUCAGUUGGAGAUUGUCAUCUGUCGUCAAGGUAAACAAAUAAACCAAGAAGAAGUCAACAAUAAAUUUGAAAAAUCGAAGAACAAUGAAGCACUCCCCCAACAGCAUUGAAGUCGUCUCUUUGUGCUGACACAUUUCAACGGAUUUGUAAUUAACAUUGAAUAUUAUUCGUCAUCCUCUGGUUAAUCCUUCAUCAUUGUCCUUGACAUGAUAUCAUAGGAGCCUGUCUCGUAUGCGAUAGGAGCAUUAAAUCCCGUAAACGAACGGUUUAAUUCCGGCAGUUUGAUCCAGAAGGUGCGUUGCCCACCACUGUCCACAAGGAGAUAAACGUGAGAUGGAUACAUCGCAAAUUGUGACACAAUGACGGCUGGAGAAUCAGCGCGUAUGUAUUAUUGGAUUUGAGGACCCCAGUCGAAUAAUCGAGGAAGCGAGGAAUUCAUUGUGAGAGGGCUGAUCGAGGAGUUAUAAAAUCGAAGCGAACGCGAAACAGUUAUUGAGAAAAUUUAUUUGCUGGGGAGAGCGGUGAAGAGGGUGUUGUGAAUUUAUCGCAAGGAAACCGAGGACUAUUAUAUUCAGGAAUAUGACUGGGUGGACAAAAGUGCCUCUCAUAAUCAUCUGCAGUGUCUUCUUGCUCCUGAUGUCUUGCAUUGGAGAGUCUCAGGGGGUCCUCAGCUGUUACAAAUGCGGACAGUACAAUGAUGGUGUAGGUAGUAUCACCCCCUGCAUCAAUUCGACCGCUCAAAUGCAUCUCCAGGAGUGUCCAACCUCAGCUAAAUGGUGCAUCAAAUAUGUCAGCGAGGUAUCAACAGUCCGGGACUGCGUAAACAGCUGUGUCGAGAAGGAGGUCUGGGGCACGCGUACGUACUGCUGCCAAACCGACGGAUGCAAUCGUGGUGGCCUCAGCCUACGUCGGGGAACGACACUCUGGCUGGCAUCAGUUGUCCUGAGCCUCGUCGUUGCUGGUCGACUCCAUGGCUAAUGAAAAUUCAGUUUAAAGAAUUUCCCUCUCUUCGACAUUCCCACAGACUUCUCAUCACAAAAUGCAUCCCCCCACGUUGCCAUAAAAAUCCUCCCCCGGAAAAUUUGACGUCUCAAUUGAACAAAUAAUUGAGAAAUUUCAUUUGGACGAGACAGAACUAGUUUAAUUUCAGUAGUUCAACUAACGCUCAUAUUAUGUAAAUGCUUUUCGUCUGUGUAAAGUAGCAGGUUUUGUGUAGAAUUUUUUCCAUCGAGGGGGAAAAAUGGAUCGCAAUAUUUUCGAUCUCCCAAAAUUGAAUAAUUAAUUUCUCUCCCGAGGAUUUCAUCUAAAAAUUAUAUUUAUCCUCCAUUAUCCAAUUUUACUUUUCGUGAAAGCAAUAAUUUGAUUUUCAAUCCUCUCUUCUUUCCAUUUUCCAUUAUUUUUUUUUCUCCUGGUGCAACCGGACGAUAUAUAUUUUCCCCCGUAUAUGAGCUUCGUAUGUAUCCAUUUAUUAUCCUCAUGCCAUUUUUGCCGCCAUUCCUCUUCGUUUGCCGCUCGAGUUGAGGGAAAGACGUUUAACGGUAAAAAAGAGAGAAUGAAAAAAGAAAUAAUGCAUGAAUACAUAUACACAUUUGACCGAUAUACUCCAGUUUUACAUGCACAACCCCAUCCCCUGUCCUCCACCCUCACCCCCGUGUGGCGAGUCAGUGCAGUACGAACCGAGCAAUAAGAGGUAAAGACUUGGUUUGCAGAAAAUAAAAAUGUAAUGAUGAAUAAAUAUUUUUUUUCAUCACCUCCGCAAUCAUAUAAACUAUUUACUGAGCUCUCGAUAUUCAUAAAUAUUAAACAAAAAAAUAUUGUUAUCGUUACGAUUACCAAAUGCUACUUAAUUAGCCACUUAUUGUACAAUUCACAAAAGGAGAGACAAUUGCUACCAGAAUCAUUGAGCACACGUGAUCAAAUGUCAUGAGUAAAACAUUAUCAUUUUUUGAAGAUUUUGGAAAGAUCUUCUCAAGGAAAUGUUUGAUCGAUAUGCCAUCCGACAUUUUUUUAAAUCUCUGAAUAGUCUUCUCGAAAUCUUCACACGAUGAUGUGUCCACUCGGCCUCGAUCAAAAUUAAUGGUACCAUUGAUUAAUAAUUAAUUACUAGCAUUGGAAUAUUGGCAUUUUCUCAGCUCAUUGUGGUGUAAUCAACUUUUAGUGCAUUCAGAGUGAAUUAAAACUACGAAGAUUGAAGUAAAAAAUUACUAUCAUUGAACAUUAAUUAUUAUUGCUUGGGUAGAGAUUACCAACACGCUCGAUUCCUAAAAUUAUACAUCAAUUAAUGAGAAUAAAUAAAUUAACGAGCGAACACUAACGCUGUAACAUUAAAGUAUAGUUUUGAGUCUGUUAUUGUGGAUAGCUGGCGUACUGGAAGCUCGCUUGUGAUAGUAUAAACUAAUGUUAAUCAAAUUUUAUCGAAGAAUAUCAAAAGUUAUUGUCGAAUGAGUGAGAUUAAUUUAUCUGAGAGCCAGAACGCGUAUUUUAUAAAUGUAGAGAAAUUAGAUAGUUUUUAAAAAUCUAAUCAUUCAUUAACUCGAGUCUGUGUGGGAGGGAAAUCAGUCGAUGCCAUUAUUUCAAGAGGAAAAAUAUUAUUUCACGAGGGGGAAAAAAAAUAUUUCGAUAAAUUGAUAUUUAUCAUAUGCAAGUGAUCCCCUCUCCGCACAACAACUCAAAUUCUAUUUGGUAUUUCUUCACUAUUAUACAUAUAGAAGAAAAAAUAUCGACGGACCGUAAUAGCAUCUUCAUCAUUUUCUUUUCUCUAUUAUAUCGUCGAAUAAAAUACGGUCCACCAGGUAACUUCCACAGAAAAUAAAGAAAUUAAAACGGACGUGAUAAACGCGAUUCGAAAUAGUACAAAGAUACAAUAAACGAAUAAACGGGAUAGAAAAGAAAAAUAUGAAGCAAAUACGAUGAAAGGAAAAUGGAAAAUAACGAGUUGUAGCACUGGAUUUGUGAAGAUGUGGAUAAAAUCACUGGAGCAGCGGAACAAUCCACAAUAAUCAGUUAAACUGAUGGGGAAAAUGCUAUUCUCCCCUUUCACUUGCCGAUUGGGCCCAGUAAAACCAGCGACGAAAUUUAAAUACAAAAUUAAUGAACAAAAUUAUCACUCAUGUAUCGUAAAAAUUGUACAUUUAUAAUAGAGCCGCAAUAAAACAAAUCGAUCCGUUAAAAUCGA